AUGUCGGGCCGCCCACUACCGUCGUCAAGCGUUCUGCUAGGAGAAGUCAAGGCCACUGUCUUGCGCAAGUACAAGAAGAGCGCAUCAGUCUUUCUAGAGGACGCCGCUCUUGAUAUGAUGCUUACCGAACAUCCCGGUGACAUCCAGCGCUACGCUGGAUUCUACAACAUGGUCUACCUCUUUCUCGACCCCUCUCACUGCCAAGAGUCAAACCGACCGUUUGCGAACCCCCUUCUUACCAAGGACUCGACGACUCGUUUCAUUUGGAACAAGAAGGAGUAUGACUGCGCCGAUUGCCUUGUGGAUAGUGACGAUGAUCACCCCGAAUCGAUUGAGGCUGCAGCAAUUCGACCUAUUGAAGGGUCCAUCGGCGCACCCGUCAUUAUCCCUACGGAACAGGUGGCCGCUAUCUCGAAGAAGACGCAGAAGAAAAUGUUUGCCUCUCAACCUGGAGAGAACAUCAAGACGCGGCUUCGACGCGUAUACAACGAGCGCCAAGAGGCAAGGAAGCUUGACAGCUGGCGGGAGCUGAAAGCCACAGUAGAGGCCACUGCGACAUGCGAUUUACCUGCCCACGUCUCUACUACCCAAUUGCACUUCUGGAACGCCGUCUUCUUGGACAUUCUUCCCUGCUUACCAGCGUCUGAACGCGCCGCUCGCCUCCUGGCUCUUGAGAGUCGCGAUGUCACUGAUGAACAGCCCGAGCCAUGGUCUGAUAUCUGGCAGACAUACCAGUAUGUCCGAUAUAUUAACGAUAUUGAGACAGCUGGGUGGGAGAAGACUCUGCGCGAACUGUCUGAGAACUACCAAGACUUCUCUGAGAAGUUGAUGGAUCUCAAUCUCGCCACACGUAUGGCGCUGGGUCUGUCAGUCGCACUGCCGCCAGUUCGCACUGAAGCAACAUCGGUGCUCGCCGAGUCCACUACUUCCAAACCAUCGACUCCUCACACUCCGGUAGUCGACACUGGCGCUCAUCGUCCCAAGCUCCUCCCAAAGUCGCAGACUAUGCGGAAGAACUUCGGGUUGGCUUGCUUGGCUGAGAAGGUUACUGUAGCUCCUGAGGUCGCUGCAACGCCGGCACCUCCAAUUCCUACUGAUACCAAUAUCUUCGGUCUUCCUACGGUAGUACCACAGAAGGCACAUCCACCGUUCGGUGGCUUCACGUUUACUCCCUUGGUUUCGAAGACGGCCAGUGCCCAUCCUACGUCCGUGCUACCACAGUCCGCCCCGAAUGCGCAGCUCCCCAACACACCGGUGUUCGACUUUGGCUUCGCUAAGAGCACCUUUGACGCACCAAAUUCUGCGUGCGCUCCGAAAUUCAAUGGAGGCGCUGGCUUCGGAAGAGACUCCACACCUCAGACGCCCACGUCGUCUUCGGCUGAGCAGAUUACACAGCUCGUUGCACCAAUUGUCGAAAAGACAAAGUCUCUCUCCGUUGUGUUCGGUGCUCCAAUCGUUGGCCCUGACUUAUUGACACCGGUGGAACCGAACCUUUUCGCCCACCUUAACGAGCGGGUUGCUGAUUUUGACACUGGCAAUGAAAAUGGGAAUUAUCUCAAGUCUGAGACCCGACCAGCUAUCAAAUCGACGCGUAUAGGCCGAAGCUACGAGCCUGUUCUGGACAUAAUCGUUGAAGAGCCCGUCGAGCAGACUUCCGAAGAGCCCGAGGAGGGCGAUAUGGAGCGGAAUUUCGACAACGAUCACGAAGACGACGACGACCACUUUAGCAGAUCAGUAGUCUCUUCAUGUUGGCUAACAACGGAAGAUGACUUCAAGUACAUGAGAGAUGCCAUGUCUCUCUUUCGCGAGAGCAAGUCGAGAACCUACACCGUUGGGGAGUUUGCAGUCGACUACAUCAUCACACGAGGCCUAGAUCUCCCGGCAGAAGACCUGGUUCCUAGAGUCACUGAGUUCUUGAACACUCUGCCCUUCGACCACAGAUCUUUCGUUCAGACUCGAGAUGAGCAUGGGGUUGAAGCAGCUGCGAGCUUUGAGGAAGCAUUAGAAUUCUUCGAGCCACAUCUAAUAGCUUUAUCGACAGUGAUACAUAUAGAUGGCGCCCCUCCUGCGACAGGCAUAUCUAUGGCGCAUCCAGAAGAUGUCAAGAUUACUACUACUGUGCAGAGCGCGCCCAUCAUGGCAGUAGUACCCGAACGUCAAGCAAUGUACGAGGAUGACGAAAGCUACAACUGCAUCAACGGCUACGAAUACCUGAUCCAGAUCGACUGCAGCGACCACGAUUCACAAGCUGAUGGUGGCGCCAAUAUCGACCGGCCAGAUGCUCUCGACGAACUUAUGCCAGACACCAGGGACAAGUCACCAUCUUUUGAGUGUGGAGUCGGCAUUGUGGAUAGUGAUUCCGCGUCCACUGUCACACUUACUCCGUCAUUGACGCACUCGCCUAUCUCAGAAGCCGAGCUUGCCAUCGAUACCGAGAUGGCAGAAGAAUACAUGCUCGAUGGAUACGGCCGCCCACUCCAGCUGACCGGGAUGCCUCGAAAUGACAAGAAGUUCUUCGAAGCGGUACAUACGAAGAUUGUCGCAGACGCUGACCAGUAUGAGUUCGACUGGGCUGAGGUAGAAUGUCUUCUGGGCCCUCAAGACGAGGAAGAUGACGACGAUGACUACGUUGUACCUACGGUCGAUGAUGAUGGGAAGCCCAUCAAGUUCACACUAGACAUAGAGCCUCUACAAGACGGCUGGGCCCAAGGUGUUCUCAAGCAGGUCUUCCCAGACUUCGAGCAGGCUGAGGCUAAGCUUCCUGAUGUUGCGCCGCAACUCCAGGUGGAAGUUGAUCAGACGUCCUUUUCAGCCAUGUUAAACUCCGGAUAUAUGUCCGAUUCGGUUGGUAUCCCGGAGAACACUUCGGUUGCUGCAGCGAAGUUGCCAAAAACGCAACUAGUUGACACUUUGAUGUCCAGUCUUGGGUCCAUCUUCGUCGACUACGAUACGCUUCUGCAUGAGCGGUAUGCACAGGUUGCAGCAGUUGGCACUGAUGCAGAAGACCAGAAGGCCGGCUACCAUCUACCUAGUCUCGCCGUUCGUACUGUUCAGUCAAAGGCUGUGCCUACCGAGAAUUCAGAACCACUCUAUGGUAUCGGAACUAGUAGUUCUGUUCAUAUGAACUUGGCUGCGCGAUCACUGAUGUUCAAUCAGCGCCACCCAGUCCGUCACCUACCGCACUCUGACUUGGCGGUGUAUGACUGGCUCAAGUCUCAACCGGAUAAUAGUCUGGCAAACAUCAGCGCGAACGGACUGGGUGAGCACGCACCGUUUGACGUGAUCAAACUUUGUCGGUGUUCCCGCAAUCAGGGAGCGGGAAGAGUACAUGAUAGCCGGGAUCAUGAAACAACAACUUCGAGCCCCCAAAGAGAGAGGCUCAUGAAGCCGAACGCAGAAUCGGAGGAAAAUGACGACCCUUUCGGGGAUGGCGAGCUCAAAGAGCACCCACUAUAUGCGCGCUCCGAAGCGUGCAUUAUCCGCAUCGCCCUCCGCCUAUCGACGUAG